AUGUUACUGAUUUCAGUUAUUCCUGAUGAAGUCUAUACGAUACCAGUGGUUAGUCUCACAAGGCUUCGAAGACCUUCAUUCUUUGCUCCAAGUUCAAAUACGAGGCAGGAAACUGUAAUGGCUAAUAAUGUCCUUUAUGGCAUGGACAUCACGACUAGCCAUUCAUCUUCUGAUUCAGAGACUCCUAGGAACCGAGUACAAUCUCCUGCAGUCAAAAGUGAAGAAAUUCCGGUUUAUAAUAGAGAGAGAGCUUCAAUCAGAAACCAGAAACAUGAACAGGCUAAGAUCUGCACUAUUACAACAAGAAGAACAGAGCAGUAUCUGAGGUCCUGUUCGAGUCCUUUAAAAGAGAAAUCACUGAAUCAGACACCUAAUACAUUUCCUGCUUUGAAACCAAAGCAUACAUCAUCUGUCAGUGGAGAAAACCGAAACAGGAGAUGGCAUUUGGUCAGAUCUAAUUAA